AAUUAUGGUUACAUUUGUCUCGCAAUAAUAGAAUAUUAAAGAAAAAAACUUAUCUAACAAUGCGUUAGGAACACAUCAUACAACGUGAAUGUGAUCCAUCACAACGAAUGUUUGUUAUUCUCUUAAUAACAACCUCAGCUGAAGGCAGCGUCUCAAAUUGAUAUCUAUAAAUGUUUUAAAUUAAACCUAAUAUGUUCAUAAAUGUGCUAUUUUUGUGCUUAUUCUUAUUACUGUAUUACGUAGUUAAGUACUUUGAAAAAACGCAUAGUUAUUGGGGGAAUCUCGGUGUUGACACUCCAAAAUAUUAUUAUUUUGUGGGGAAUAUCCUUGAUCAGUUUCUGCAUCGACGGAGUAUUGGGACAAUUGUAACGGACGUAUACAAUGAAUUUGAAGGAUACAACUAUGUAGGUUUCUAUAACUCGACGAAACCAGCAGUAAUCAUCCGAAAUCCAGACAUUAUUGAAACAAUAUUAGUGAAAGAAUUUAGUUCGUUUCAUGACAAUGACAUCGAUGUCGACAAAAACAAUUUAAUCACAACCAAAAAUCCAUUUUUAUUAAAUGGCGAAGAAUGGAAAACAGUUCGAGGACAAAUUAGUCCUUGUUAUACGACUAAUAAAACCAAACAACUGUUACCAAUGCUUCAUAAAACAUCCAGACAAUUUCUGGAUUAUUUAAAAACAUUUCCUCCGAUUGGAAUCAAUGCAAAAGACUUGAUAUCAAGAUACACAACUGAAAAUGUUUCAAAUUGUGUGUUCAGUAUAAAAGGAGAAAGUUUCGAAACAAAACCCGAAGAAAAACCGAUUAAUUCAUCUUCUAGUUCAUUAACAUUCUUCACCGCAACUUAUUUUCUAUUAAAUCCAUCUACGAAAGAUAAAAUUAAAUCGUUUUUAAUUUCUAUCUUUCCGUUUUUAGCAAAAAUACUAUUAAAAGAUACCAAAACUGAACAUAUUAAUGCAUUUUUAACAAAUAUUAUAAAAGAUUCUUUGAAAUAUCGUAGAGAUAAUAAAAUUAUUAGAAACGAUAUGUUGGAUUUCCUACAAGAACGUAGAGAAAAAAUAAACGAUGACAGUGUUUUCAACUUGGCGGACAUUCGAAGUCACGCUUCGGUGUUUAUCACCGAUGGUAUCGACACGAAUUGUAUCGUGUUACAACAUUUUUUAUACGAGCUAGGUAAUAAUCAGCUGAUACAAGAUAAAAUACGAGCGGAAAUUUAUGAAACAAAACGACACAUGUCUAGAAAACAAGAAUUGUCCUAUGAAAUGAUUCAAGGCAUGACAUAUUUGGACGCUGUAUUUAACGAAGUUUUACGAUUGCAUCCUCAAUUCUCGGUGUUCAUUAAACGUGUAACACGACCUUUUACAUUAGGACCAAUGCGGAAAGACAACUCAGGACCAUCAGUGACGCUUCCAGUCGGAAUGAGUGUUUUGAUACCAAUUCUUGGUUUACAUACAGACAGAAGUUAUCAUGAAUCACCGCAAAAUUUUAAUCCAGAGCGUUUUUUGGACGGUAACAAAGAAAAAAUUGAAAAAUUUACCUUUCUACCAUUUGGUGCCGGUCCUCGAAAGUGUCUAGGUCUGGAAUUUGGCACACUGCAAACAAAACUUGUUAUAAUUACUCUUGUAGAACAUUAUGAAAUUCGUGUAAAUAACAAAACCAAAGAAGUGAUUGAAAGUGAUCCAGGAAGUUUUGUAAAUGUACCUAGAGAUGGAUAUUGGAUUGAUUUUAUUAAUCUAGAGACAAUUAAAAUGAUGAUGCCACUUAUAAAAGAAACCUGUACGAAACUAUUAAACUACUUAGAAAAGAAUGAAGAUAUUCCAAUUGAACUUUUCCCACUGGCGAAUAAAAUUACAGCCGAAAACGUAGCGAGUUGUGCGUUUGGUUUGGAAGGCAAUAGUUUUAUUCGAAAAGACGCCGAAUUUAUUGAUAUUUGUCAUCAAUUAAUCAAGCCUACAGCGUGGAAUGUCCUCAAAGGCUUCAUGAUAUUUCUUUGUCCAUCAUUGGCGCAUUUAGUAAAAGUACGUUUCUUCCAAAAAGAAACCGUAGCUUAUCUUAGAGAUAUUGUUGAGCAAACAAUGAAAUAUCGCCAGGAACAUAACAUACAACGGAAUGAUUUUCUGGAUGAAAUGAAACGCCUUAAAGAAAAAAUCAACGAUGAAAAACAAUUCAGUUUCUUAGACAUUUUAGGCCACGCAGGAGGAUUUCUCCUCGAUGGAAUUCUAACAAGUUCCUCAGUAAUGGCCUAUUUAAUAUUCUCAGUUGCGAAUAAUCCAGAAAUUCAGGAAAAACUUCGUGAAGAAAUUCAAGAAAUGCUCCAAAACAACAAUCAAGAAUUAUCAUAUGAAAAUAUUCAUGAGAUGGAAUAUUUAGAAUGUGUCUUCAAAGAAAGUCUACGUCUUCAUCCACCUUUAAUGUAUAUGACUAGAAGAGUAACAAAACCUUAUACAAUGAAACCCAUGAGAGAAGAUGAUACCGGCCCUUGUGUUCAGUUAGAAGUCGGUACGCCGGUAAUGAUACCAACUUAUGCCCUACAUCGAAAUGAAAAAUAUUUUCCGGAACCGGAAAAGUUUGAUCCAGAGCGUUUUAAACGCGAAAACAAAGAAAAAAUUGUUAAGAAUUCAUUUCUACCAUUUAGUGAUGGCCCACGAGUGUGUUUAGGGAUGAAAUUCGGUGUUUUACAGACCAAAAUGAUGCUGAUAACAAUUUUGAGUAAUUAUAGACUUAGAGUAAAUGAAAAAACUAAACAACCAUUAGAAAUUGAUCCGACUAGUUUUUUGAAUUUGCCUGUUGGUGGACAUUGGGUUGAGUUUACUAGGCUAUAACUAACAAUGUUUCAAAAAUGAUUCUAUGUUGUUUACAAGUUGUAAAUUAUACAUUAAGCAAUCUUUUAUUGUUUUCAAAUUUAAUUGUUGUUCGGGUAACUUAGCAAAUGUUAAGUAUUUCGAGAAACAAACAAAUUUUAUUACAUGUAUUAAUAGUUUACUGUAAAAUAGAAAUUUUGAAACCAAAGAUUUGUUAUCGUAGGUUCAAUUUGCUGGAUUAUAAUAUAGUUCUAUUAAUAUACGUAGUUAUCUAUUGUUUGCUCAAACUAUAUCAGAUAAUGCCUCUGAUAUUAAAGGCUUUCAUUAACGACCAUGUUUAAACAGCGUGUUAUGGUAAUAAAUCCUCACGUGAAAAAUA